AUGCAUUCUUGGCUUUCCUUUAAGGACAUUUUUAAAGCGAGUAUUGAUCAGAACCCAAAUUUAUCAGAUGCUGUAAAAUUGCAAUAUUUAAAAUCAGCACUGAAAGGAGAUGCCUUUAGAAUUAUCCAAAUGAUGGCUAUAACGAAUAAUAAUUAUAAGUUAUCGUGGUCUCUUCUUGAAGAAAGAUACUCAAACCCUAGAGAACAAGUGUAUGCUCAUCUUAAAAGAUUUAUAAAUAUUCCCGUUAUUCAAAACAAGUCAGAUUCUGCGAUUCUAAAUUUAAUUGAUGUUACAAGUGAAGUUGUAAGAGCGUUAGAAUGUUUAGAGCAAAAGUUAGAUGGGGUUUCAUCCGCUAUAUUUGCCUUUAUUCUUAGCCAGAAACUUGAUCAGAAUACUAAGUUAUGGUGGGAAAGGAAUUUAAAGAAAGAAAAAAUACUGAACAUUACAGAGUUAUUAGAAUUUCUAAAGGAUCACGCGAGGACAUUAAACGCUUCUAGAAUUCCAGUAAUGUCUAAAUCAAAAGCUUUAGUAAGUCAAUCAAAGGUUUCUUCAAUGGUUUCAUGUGUGACUGAAAAACGUGCUUUAAUUUGUAAACUGUGUAAUGUGGAACAUAAAUUAUUUAAGUGCCCUAAAUUUCAAAAAUUCAGCUUAAAGGAUAGAGUCGAGUAUGUUAAAAAGCACAACUUAUGUUUCUGCUGUUUUGGAAAUCAUGGAGUGAGAAAUUGCCCUUCAAAUUACUCUUGCAGGCUAUGCAGAAAAAAGCACAAUUCGUUACUGUGUUAUGAGCGAGAAAAAGUUUCGAUUUCCCAAAAUAGAGAGAGUUGCGAAAUCGCCUCUCUGUCGGAUCAAAAGUCAGACGCCAGUUCGUCUGCGGAAGUAGCGAAACUGAACGCUCUCGCAAAGCCAUUUAUAAAUAAGGAUAGCGAGUGUUUUAUGACAGCUAAUGUAAAUAAAAAUUGUAAUGCAGUUAAUAGAGUCCUACUAUCGACAGCGAUUGUUUAUAUUAAGGGAAAUGAAAGAGAAAUAUUUCCAGCCAGAACUUUGCUUGACAGUGGAAGUAUGAUUCAUCUUUGUUCAUCGGAAUUAGCCGAGAAGCUUCAUUUACAAAGAGAAAAUGUAAACGUAUCAGUAGGAUGUUUAUCUGGGAUUUCAACAACGGUGAAGUCAAAAGUAAGUGCGGUUAUUUUAAAUAGAGGAAACACAUACAGUCGUAAACUAGAUUUUUUCGUAAUUCCGAAAAUUACUCAUUUGAUGCCUUCUAGACAAAUUGAAGUCUGUAAUAUUGAGAUUCCACAAGGAGUUACGUUAGCUGAUCCAGACUUUCACAAACCGGGUAAAAUUCAGUUACUUUUAGGAUCUGAAAUAUUUUUCGAUUUGAUAAGAUCCGGGCAAAUUUAUGUACCAAAUACAAAUUUAGUGUUACAAAACUCAGCAUUUGGGUAUUUGGUAAGCCGUAGCAUUGAAGAUUUACCACAUGAGAAACAAUUAAUGCAUUGUGGGUUAAUUUAUGACAAUGUCGAAGCACAGUUGAAGAAGUUUUUUGAUUUGGAAUCAAUUGGUAUCAGAGAUGAUUCCAAUUCUUACGAUGAAGAUAAAGCAUUAGAGAUAUUCAACAAAACUGUUAGUUUCAAAGAUGGUCGUUAUAUUGUUAGUCUGCCUUGGAAGAAACGUUGGGAACUUUUAGGCGACAAUUUUGUGUCGCAGAAAAAAGAAUAA